AUGGACUCCCUAGUCGAGCCUCGGUGGCCUCCAGGCCUGGCAGUCAUGAAGACAAUAGAUGAUUUGCUGCGGUGUGGAAUUUGCUUUGAAUAUUUCAACAUUGCAAUGAUGAUUCCUCAAUGUUCACAUAACUACUGUUCUCUCUGUAUAAGAAAAUUUCUGUCCUAUAAAACACAAUGUCCAACUUGUUGUGUGACAGUCACAGAGCCGGAACUAAAAAAUAACCGCAUAUUAGAUGAACUGGUAAAAAGCUUGAAUUUUGCACGGAAUCAUCUGUUGCAGUUUGCCUUAGAGUCACCACCCAUAUCUCCUGCUUCUUCCUCUUCAAAGAACCUUGCUUCCAAAGUACACACUCCUGUAGCCUUCAGACGUUCUUUAAAGCAAGGAAGCAGGUUAAUGGAGAAUUUCUUGAUCAGAGAAACUGGUGGUUCCACAUCAGAGUUGUUGAUAAAAGAGAAUGAGAGUAAAUGCACCCCUCAGAAAGAGGUGAGCACUUCUUCAAAGACCAAAGAGACACCUAUAGAAAAGGCGGCUCCGUGUUCCUUAGAUGCUCAUGUUCCUGAGACACCCUCUACAUCAACUUUGAAACAGGUUACCAAAGUGGAUUGUCCUGUUUGCGGGGUUAAUAUUCCAGAAAAUCACAUUAAUAAGCACUUAGACAGCUGUUUAACACGUGAGGAGAAGAAGGAAAGCCUCAGAAGUUCUGUUCACAAAAGGAAGCCUCUGCCCAAAACUGUAUAUAACUUGCUCUCAGAUCGUGAUUUAAAGAAAAAGCUAAAACAGCAUGGAUUAUCUAUUCAAGGAAAUAAACAACAGCUCAUUAAAAGGCACCAAGAAUUUGUACACAUGUACAAUGCCCAGUGCGAUGCUUUGCAUCCUAAAUCAGCUGCUGAAAUAGUUCAAGAAAUUGAAAAUAUGGAGAAGACUAGGAUGCGUCUUGAAGCUAGUAAACUCAAUGAAAGCAUAAUGGUUUUUACAAAGGACCAAACAGAAAAGGAAAUAGAUGAAAUUCACAGUAAAUAUCGUAAAAAACAUCAGAAUGAAUUUCGACUUCUGGUGGAUCAGGCCAAAAAAGGAUACAAGAAAACUGUUGAAAUGUCAAAAAAAAAAGUAACAAAAGAAGAAGAUGGAUCUACAGAAAAGCUAUUACCUGUAUGCGUGGAACAGGAAGAUAAAAAAAUGAAAUUCUCAGAUACUUCCCCCAUAACAAACCACUUCUCUCAGUCAAAACUGGAAUCCCCAGGGAGAAUGGAGUCUGAUAGACCAGAUGAUUCUUCCAGUUGUGCUGAUAUUCAAGAAGAAGCUCGCUCUUCAUCAGAUUCAGACUCAUUCAAUAGUUCCAGUUCAGACAUCAUAAGAGAUCUUUUAGAAGAAGAGGAAGCCUGGGAAGCAUCACAUAGAAAUGAUCUUCAAGAUACAGAAAUGAGUCCAAGACAGAAUCGUCGAACAAGAUCAGCGGAGGGUGCUGAGAUUGAGCCGAGAAAUAAGCGGAAUAGGAAUUAGUGAGGGCUUUGCUGACUUUUCCAGUGUGGUGAUUGGAGUGUGGCACUUUGGGUUGCCACACAGACUUCAUAUUCAUAAAUGCCCAAGUGAAGGUGUUGACUUCUCAAUAUGAUGGUUAGCUGAUUUUCAUACUUUUUGCCUUUCUUGGGAAAAAUAAGUUCUGAAACAUCCUCACUUGGUCAAUUAUCCCCUAUCUCUAAAGCAUCUCUCUCUAAAAAUAUUGACAGCCACA